UCGGGCGGAGUUGCGGCAGGAGGGACCCAGGCGGACUUCAGCUCCAGAGGAUGCGGCUCUCCCAGAAUGCUGUCGCGCCUGGUAGUGCCUCUGACGGCGAUCCUCAGCCUGUGCCAUGGCUUCAGUGAGCACGGAACAGAACUUCCCAGCCCUCCAUCUGUGUGGUUUGAAGCAGAAUUUUUCCAGCACAUCCUCCACUGGACACCCAUCCCUAAUCAGUCCAAAAGCACCUACUAUGAAGUGGCACUCCUGGAGUACGGAAGGGAGCCCUGGAGAGACAUCCCCAGCUGCAGGCGUGCCCUGGAGUCCUCCUGUGAUCUCACCACAGCCACCCUGGACCUGUACCACAACAACGGUUACCGGGCCAAAGUCCGGGCAGUAGAUGGCAGCCGGCACUCCAACUGGACCUCCACCCAAAGCCGCUUCUCUGUGGAUGAAGUGACCCUGACAGUUGAAAGCGUGAAGCUAGAGAUGCAGGAGGGCUCUAUUCUUGGGACUAUCCAGCCCCCCAGGCCCCAGAUGGCCCCUGAAGGCAACACGUAUGAAAAGAUCUUCAGACACUUCCGCCAGUAUGAGAUUGCCAUCCGCAAGGUGCCAGGAAACUUAACGUUCAUAAUCAAGAAGGUCAGACAUGAAAAUUUCAGCCUCCCAGCCUCAGGAGAGGUGGGAAAGUUCUGUGUCAUGGUGAAGCCAUCUGUGAUCUCCCGAACUAACAAAGGGACCUGGUCAGAGGAGCAGUGCAUCGUCCUUUCCAAGCAGUAUUUCACUGUGACCAACCUCAGCAUCUUCACCUCUGUCCUACUGCUCUGUGGAGCCCUGGCCUACUGUCUGGCCCUCCAGCUGUAUUUGCGACACCGGAGGAAGCUGCCUUCUGUCCUGGUCUUCAAGAAGCCCAGCCCCAUCAUCCCUGUCAGCCAGCUUCCCUACCCAGAGAUGCAAGACACCAUCCAUUCCCUCAUCGAGGAAGCCUUCCCAAAGGUGUCCCCAGAGCUAAGGAACUCAGACCUGCAUGGCAGCACGGACAGUGGCUUUGGCAGUGCCAAGCCAUCCCUGCAGACUGAAGAGCUCCAGUUUCUCCUCCCUGCCCCCCAACCCCAGGCCUGUGGGGCUCUGGGAAAGGGGGUGCCCACAGAGCUACAGGACAGCUGCAGUAAUGGCAGCCACAGCAGCACAGACAGUGGGAUCUGCUUACAGGUGCUCAACUACGGCCCUGGUCCGGGCCCCACCUGGGAGCAGCAGGUGGAGAAAGCUAGCCAGGGCCAGGAUGACAGUGGCAUUGGCCUAGUCCACAACUCUGAGGGGCAGCCAGGGGAUGCCCAGAGUGGCUCCACCUUGGGCCCUGUCAGUCUCCCGAGGCCUGAGGUGCUUGAGGAGGAAGACCCAGCAGAAGUGGCAUUCCCGGGCUACCUGAAACAGACCAGAUGCACAGGAGAGAAGGCAGCCGCAGCAGGCUGCCUGGAGGAAGAGGCACACUUGACAGGUGACCUUGGCCCUCAGUUCAGGACGUACCCAGAUGCUGAGGCAGAUUGGCCUCCACCAGCUUUGGCCAAGGGCUACGUGAAACAGGAUCCUCCCGGAGUAACUGUGGCUCCCUCAGGUUCCCCCACUGGACAGUGGAACCAACUGCCUGAGGAAGGUCCAUUCCUGGAUUUGACCAGCUGUGGUGACCUGGGAACAUCAGACUGGAGUUUUAUCCAUGAUCUUGCCCCUCUGGACUGCGUGGCAGCCUCAGGUGGUCUCCUGGGCAGCUUUGACUCGGACAUGGUCGCCUUGCCACUGAUCUCCAGCCUGUACUCAAGUGAGUGACUUGGCUCAGGGAAGCUUUUGAUUUCAGCCAUGCCUGCGCCUUUGCCUGGACCAGGAGGAGGAGUCCCAGGGAUCGAAAGUGAAACGUGAGGCCAGUCUGGGCAUUCUUCUUCAAGCCCACGGGGGCCAGACCUCGACAGGCCCUGCAGGACACGAGGAGACCAUCUCGCUGGAGUAGCACAGGGCGCAUGUCUGGCGUUGGCCUGUUUCACUAAAUAGGGUCCUGCAGAUUUUGACAGAGCGAAGGACAGGGCAGAGACCUCCCACUCCUUGCGACGCUUUCCUGUACUUUAAAGCGUUCUGUGCUCAGGGGAACCUCAGGGUUUUCUGGAGUCUAGUGCGGCAGCCAGGCUGAAGUCAGCUCAGGCCCGAAUGCCUCCUUCAAGCUCACCAGGCAUCAGAGCCUCCUGCAGGCUGGAGUACUAAGAAAAUGGACUUUCAGGGACUCGCCGCAGGGUCAUUGCUGGGGGAGAAGGCAGGAGCAGAGGCCGAGGUUGACCUCUAGAGUGGUCUCAUGGAGAAGCUCCGCCACAGGGAGUUGUCUGUAUUGAUCAGAGCAUAGAUGUUCAGGUGGCCUCUGGGCUUGGGCACCACCUCACAAGGGCACCAGAGAGACAGGGCUAGGACUUGCACCUGUGCUUGCUGCUGAUGUCUAACUCCAGGCCCAGAGGUCAGGGCACUGGGCUGGGAUCCUUCAGUCAUGUGAUCUUGGGCCAGUCAAUUCUCAGAGGGCUUCAGUUUCCCCAUGGGCAAAAUAGGGACUCAGUCUUUAGAGGGUCCCUAUAUUGGAUGUUAGCCAAGCUGGCCGUGGGGGUGACAUUUCAGACCCUAUUCAACUCUGCUCUGGGAGGAAGUAGACUCUGGAACCCAUCUUCCCAGAAUCAGCUUCCUGUUCACUGCAAGGGCUAACAGUUCUAGCAGGAGUCUGUGGGAUCAUGCUCAGAGAACUGCUCAUCUCUGGGGUCCAGCGGGGUAGGUGUGGGCCCUGCUCCCCUACUGUCCAUUCAAAAUCUCUCUUCAAAUAAAGGCAUUUGACAGUCCCCAGACAAGAAUGUGAGAAGAACAGGCCUGUGCAUGCCUUCCAAGUCACCUCUUGGCCCUGCAUUUUUCUAUGACAUUCUGAAGACAGGCCUUCUGGCCCAGGGAACCCAGCCAUGGCCCCUGCCACUCUGCUAAGAAGCUCCUAGGUGCCAAUCUGAUAACCGAAUCAGAGCAACAUGCUUAGGAGAGGCUUUCUCAGGGUUUCCUUGGCAGCUUAUUUAUUUAUUUUGCUCCUUUAUUUAUUGAAGAGGCAGCAUAGGACAGGGGAAGAAUCCUGGGUGUCUCAGCAGCCAUGGAGUUCUAGUUCUGAUACCAUUGCUUCUAACCGUGUGAACUUGGGCAAGUCACUUUUCCCCUGUGAGCCUCACAGUUUUCUUGUCUGUAAAACUACAGAAGAAUGCCGGGCUUGUCUAAUUCCCAGGGAAUUCAGGGGACAUGAGGUUCCCCUGAGUAAAUGGGCAUGUGCCUGGAACAUGGAGCUCUAUGAAUGAGGGAAUGUACGGUUUUUAUUCCAAUAAAUGGUCUAGACCACGGCGA